AACCUAAUCUCAGCAUCAGCAUGUGACUUAUAAGUCUUUUAAAUUUUUAAUUGUCGUUUCUUGAUACUUAAUGCUAGUUUAUCCAUGAUCAUUUGUUAAUAAUCAUAUUGUCGUAUUUCUUUAUUUCCCUGUCGUUUUUGUAAUAUGUUCUCUUUGUCGUUUAUUUCUUCUACCAUGCUUUGUUUGUUGUCGUAUUUUAGUUACAAAAGGAUAUCGUAGACACGCCAAAGCACUUUCCACGCCUCACGCCGCCACGUGUACUUCGGCAGUACCUCUCACUAGUCACACGUGUCAACCAAUAUCCAUGCAAUGUCCUCGCUCUUGACACAUGCCAUCGCUCUAGAAAACCCCAUGCCAUCCACGUAUACCUAACCACACAGCACCAAAACCCUCCCACGACCAAAACGACAAAAUAAAAUGGAGACUGAACAAGAUUCUAAAUAAAUCUUUAAAACGACAAAAAAAAAAAAAAAUUGUGAAGAACGAAAAAUGGAGACUGAACAAGAUUCUCCACCGCCAUGGGAGGUCCUCAAUCUAAUCUCCCAAUACCUUGACCCAAAAGCCCUAGCUUUGGCUUCCUGCGUCUGCAACUCGUGGUCGGCUUUCAUGUCUUCCAACAACCUCUGGGAGCCCAUCUGUCAAGCCCACUUCUCUUCCAUGUCAAACCUCCACAACCUAACCGCCGUACCCUACAGACGCCUCUACUCCAUCGCAAGCGCAGCCGCCAUCCGCCGUCAACUACCGUCGAAGCCUCGUCUAUCGCUCGACGACCUCGUCUUCACCGUCAACGUCUCCACCAAGAGGAAGAAAUCUUCUGGAAAUAAUAAUGCCGACGUCUUCGCCGCCGUAUCGAAGCCAAUCCGAGACCUCGCCGCCGACGGGGUGUUCAAAUUCGCCGUGGAAGUAGCCAACGAAGAAAAGUCGGCAGUUUUGGCGGCUGCGGCGUCUGAAGUGGUUGAGGCGGUGGAGGUGGUUUGGAACGUGGUUCUGGAGGGGUGGAGUGGGGUUUUUACGAUGAUGGAUUGCGAGGGGAAGAUGGGACUCUCGGCCGGUUGCGAGGGGUGGUUCUCGGCGGAGCUGCCUACGCCGGCGUGUUUUUCCGGGAUUGUUGGGAGUGGAAUAGUGGCGGAUUUGAAGAUAGGGUUUGGGGGAGGCGGUAGAGUUGAGAAAGUGAGCGUUGGGAUGCUGAAUGUGGUGAAUUGGAGGUAUGUGAGCGUUGAAGAUGGUCUUAGAUACUUGGACCAUUUUCUUCUGCCUCUUUGAUACGAUCUUCUUGUGUAUACGUAGCUAGUUUGAGUCAAAGGUUUGACUUACUUUUUGUGAAGUAGUAUAGAUAUGAAAUUAACAUAAAUAAGUAUUUUAUGUGUGUGUGUGUUUUUUUUGUCAAAACAGAAUGUAAUUUUGCUAUUGUGAAAUAUGGACUUAUUUUAAUUAUAUAA